GCGCGCGCGUCCCGUGAAAUCCUCCGAUUUCACGCGUCGGAUCGCCAACGGCACGCACGCCGCGCGCCGGCACGUUGAACUGCAGGGAGAGGCGGCCCGGGGCCCGGCCGGGAACGCGCUUAACCGCCAGUGCACGCACGGCGAUCUGCCAGGGAAGGGGCGGUCUUUUCCUCACCGGUGUGCGUGCAACACCUGGCGGCGGCGGCGGCGGCGGCGGCAGCGGCGGCAGCGGCACGUCGCGGGCAAUUAUUAUGCGAUCGGCUGCGGCCGCCCUGGCCGCGGCGGCGGCGCUGGCCCUUCUCCUGGACGCGGCACUCGCCCGGCAGCAGCACCGCUCCGGGAACCCCGGCCACAAGCCGUCCGGUGACAUCUCCCUCUGGAUCGACCAGCAACAAAUCAAGAUGUUCAGCGGGCUGGCAAUGGAAAUAUACGCGAUUGCGGAGGGCCAAGUGCUCGCUUAUCUGUUGGAUCCGGAGUUUGAGAGUAAACUGCCGAUCAUACCGAGCGAGGUGUCGCACGUGAACUUCACGUGGAAGUCAGGGGUGAAGAAGUAUUAUUACAACUUUUUUCGUUUAAAGUCGUACGACGAGAGCAUCUUGAAAACGCCAUCCAUCACGAUUAAGACGCAAGGACGGGUGCCCAAGCGACCGAAAGAGUUCAGCAUUCUCUUACCUUGCGCCGGCAAUUCGGGCAUAGCGCAAUUCGGGAUCAGUCUGAUGAUCGAGACCCGCAAGGGGAAACCGCUGAACGGGACGCCCCUCCGUCUCAGUUUGAGAAAAGAAUGCACCGUGCGCGGUGAGUGCGUCAGUCGCGCCCACGAUCACCACCUCUUCACUCGCACAUACAAGCCUAAUCCUGGCCCCUGUCCAGAUGGUUAUCUAGGGCCUCAUUGUAAAAAAGCGCUUUGUUAUCCGAAUUGUAUGAAUGGCGGUAACUGCACAGCGCCAGGCGUGUGCUCGUGCCCGCCAGGAUACCAAGGUCCUUACUGCGAAGGAGGUAUCUGCACGGAUAAGUGCCUGAACGGAGGAAAGUGCGUUCAGAAGGAUGUCUGCGAGUGUCCGAAGGGCUACUUCGGCAUGCAUUGCGAAAUCUCCAAAUGCGUAAUUCCUUGUCUCAACGGAGGCAAGUGCAAGGGCAUCAACAUCUGCAGAUGCUCGAAUGAGUACAAGGGCAAUCACUGUGAGAUCGCAACUACGACGCGCACGGCCCAACGUUCAGCGGUAAUGUGUACCAAGCCGUGUAAACACGGGAGCUGUCAAAAGAACGACACGUGUGUCUGCGAGAGCGGCUGGUACGGAAAGUAUUGUCACAAGAACAAGCCAUGGGCUUAAAAACCAAUGGGACACCUGUUAUCUUCCAUACCGACUCUGAAUCCUCCAGAAAAACCGACGGCCAUUCUAAAAUCACCCGACGGAAUUACGGCAGACUGUGUCCCACGAUAUCAUCCUGAAUCGUACGGAGAAAGUCCACGCGUUCGUAGAGAAGGGACUCUCGCGAUGCUAAAGCGACUCGAGGGUUAAUAGUAUUCUUAUUUUCACUUGGUGCGAGACGACGAGGAGACAAACAUUAAAGCUCUCACAAGAUUUAGAUCCAAAUCUCGAUUGGCGGCGUAUGAUGUAAAAUUCGUAGCUUCUAAUUUACUCUGCCCCAGAUGUGAUAUGUAAAGAGCUGCUUUAUGCCAUUUUACAACAUUAUUAUAUUAUAUUUAGUUAUUAUGAUACUUUUGUAUUGUAGAUGUAACAAUUGUAAAAAUACAAAUAGGAACGAAAUGUAUUUUCCGUAACGGUCUUAGAAAGCAUGCAACUAUGGAAUAAUUCAGCAUUGUAGUAGUGUGCCUGUGAUGGACUCCUCUGCCUAUCUUUUUCUGUGUAUAUCAUAGAUAUAGAAUAUAGAUUAAAUAAACGUUUUAUAAGUUGUGACAAGGA